AUGAUCAUGAAUCCCGUAAUCCUUACACUCUUUCUCUUUUCUUUGGCUCUCCAAGACGCAAGAGAGAAAGACACAGACUCUGACCCACCUCUUGAAUGUUUGUGUAACAAUGGAUACCACUGUGACGAAAAUGGGAUAUGUGUAAUGGAUUGUUUAUUUCCUUCGUGUGUUGGGGGCUGCAUAUCUCCUAAUGAAUGUGGAGUGUGUGAUGGAGAGGGAAUUGAAAGUGAUUGUAAUAAAUGCAAGAGUGGGUACUCGUGGGGUGGAUAUGGGAUAUGUGUACCAACACCAAAGAAAACAUCGUGUGUUGGUGGCGUCAAAGAAGGAAAAGAAAUUGUUUUUCAGCGAAAAGAAAACGGUACAAAUGUGGUAAAGGAAAUCAUCACAAUAGAAAACAUUGUAUAUAGUGAAAAUAUAUGCUCUAAAGUCGUGGAUCCAAGAGAUCCAGGAGCGUAUGGAGGUUGGGUUCAAUUAAGUAGUGAUAUAUCGGGAUAUGUAAGUGUAAGUACGAGAGGAUACAACGAAGAUACAAUUGAACAUAAAGACUUUUUGAAACAAGUUGAGAGUGACGAUUUGUUCUUUGCAACACAGAAAAGUUGUCAAGAAGAAGUGAGUGAAUCCUGUUUCUUAUUUAGUGCUGGGACAAGCAAAUAUAUUCAUUCUCCACAUCUUGUUUUUUACUUAACACAAACACCUCUAUACUUAUUUGUCCACCACGCCUUUGGUGAAUCGUUUAACUCGAGUUUUCCAUUGUAUGUUGAACAAACGGAACAUCCAUGUCUUUCAUUUUCACAACUCAUAACACUUCCAGAAGAUUUAAAUGUUGUAAAACAUGAAAUAGAUUUUAACAACUUCGUGUUUAGUUCGUCGUCGUGCAUCUCCAAUCCAAUCAACACAAAGUGGUUCAGAGUUGUUCCUUCGUUUCACACAAUAUUGUUAAGUCUUUGCGAAUCAAGUUUCACUGGAGAUUUAUCAAUUCAAGUGAUUCGCUCAAAUUUCAACUCUUCAACAGUUAAGUCGUGCGAUUACGAAAACAGCAAAUGUGUUUCAUACGUUUCUGGUAAUUGUGGUACCAAGUUCAAAUAUUCAAAAAUGAUUUUACCGGCAUCAGAAAGUGACAUCACAUAUUACGUUGGCAUUGUAUCACAUUCAACUGUUUCAGUUGGACAAAUUGUGUUAUCCACAAGUUUGACAUGUGUUUCGAAUUGCAACAAUCAUGGUAUUUGCAGUUCAUAUAUGGGAAGUUGUGUGUGCGAAGACAAAUACGUUUUACGCCAAGGCACGUGCACGAUGUGUGGCAACGGUCAAAUUGAUCCGUUUGAAGAGUGCGACAACUCGGUUUUUCCAGACCCCAACUGUGGAGAAUACACAUGUCUCUGUAACUCUGGACGCGUUCCCAAAAACUUCACGAGUGGCAUUUACUGUGUUAUUCCCACUUGUGGUAAUGGACAAAUCGACGAAGGUGAAGAGUGUGAUGGAGGGGACAACUGUUUUGCGUGUCGUUGUGUGAACAACACGCACAAUUAUGCGAACCCGCAGAAGGGGUGUUUGACAAAUAGUUGUGGGAACAACAUAUUAGACGAUGGAGAGGAAUGUGAUGGUGGAACUGGUUGUUACGAGUGUCAGUGUCAAACUGGAUACAUUUUCCACAACAACACGUCAUGUCGAGAGUCGAGUUUUGUAGCCAAUUUGGUCAUCUAUUUUGUUGUUUCAAUUGUGAUUUAUUAUAUUUUGUAUGGAACAAUAUUGUUGUUUAUACUGAUUGGUGACAGACAAUUGAAGAAAGCAAUCCGAAAAGAUUUGAAAGAGUGUGAAAUACUGCAAAACAUCACUGGAUGUGGGUCAAUUCCUUUUGUCAAAACAAAUGCAGCGAGGGUGGCGAUAGACAGGUGCCCAUUCUUUCACUUUUCUGAUAGUGUGUUGGAUUAUUUGGACCAAGGAAAAAUCGACUUGAAUAAGAAGUACCACUUUUGUUUUACUCUCAGAAACACAACGAGAACUGUAAUGCUUUACACGUUCCACAGCAGAGACAAUUCAAAGUACCAAAUAACUUUUGAGCCGUUUGUUGGCAUUUUGCGUUCAAACGAAGUCGUGACUGUUAAAGCUUCGUUGGUGAUGUUUUGCACUUCGAAUUUGAACGAAAAAGUGCACGUCACUUUCAAGUAUGGAAAGAUACACACAGCCGUUGUCGAAAUCAGUAGAAUUUUUGAUAUUCAAAAGAACGAAAAAUGCGAUAAUGAAAAUGAGGUAUUCAGUGCGUCGAGUGAAGAAAAUAACAGAAACAGUUUUUCCGCACUUGUCCCCAACAAAGACAAGCCUCCCAAUCCCAAAGAAGAGAUGUACGUUGUCAUGAAACUCCGUGCCGAGAGUAAGUUGUCGACAAAACUUGAUUUCGACGAAAUUGAAAUUAAACAACCCCCUGUGGGGAAAGGGAGUUUUGGGUUAGUUUAUCGUGGGUAUUGGCGUGGGUUAGAGGUUGCUGUCAAAAUGCUCAAAAGCGAUAUGUUUGACACGGAAGCUUUACUUCCGAGUUUUCAAGAAGAGUGCAAUUUGAUGGAACGCAUGCGUUGUCCCUACAUAUUAGGUUUUAUAGGAAGUGUGACCAUGCCGGACCAACUUUGUGUUAUCACUGAAUUUUGUCCAUUGUUCUCUCUGCGAAAGUAUAUGAAAACAAAUUACAUGACAAAAAUCUUUAAGGUGAAAGUGUGUUUGGACAUAUCGAAAGGGAUGGAAUACCUUCAUUUAAAUAAUAUAGUCCAUCGCGACCUUAAAAGUGACAAUGUCUUAAUGGUCUCCAAUAAUCCAAAUGAAGCAGUUACUGUCAAGAUAUCCGAUUUUGGUACCUCUACACUAUUUGUGGACACAAAGAGCGCAAAGAAGAUUGUCGACGUUGGCACCCCAAUGUAUAUGGCACCGGAGGUGCACGACAAAAGUCUCGGAAAUGCCAGUUUCAAAUGCGACGUGUUUUCCUUUGCGAUUUGUCUGUUGGAGAUAUGGCUGACAAAGUCUCCAUACGACCCAGAGGUGUUUGUAACACAAACAAGUAUUCAAGACUUUGUGAUGAGCGGGAAACGACCACUAAUACCCAAAGAUUGCGUCUAUAGAAGACUGAUAAGAAAGUGUUGGGCUCACAAACCCAAGAACCGCCCGGCAUUUCCGGAGAUAACAGCAGAAUUGGAAAGUACAUGCCAGAAGGUAAUUGCUUCAAAUAUGAGAAAACGUCAAAACACAAUCACCGUAUUACAGCCGUUCAAAGAGAACUCACAAAAAGCAAAUGAUCUUGCUAUUUUACAAACACCAAGAGUCUUCACAUUCAAUCCAAACUCCCAACAAACAGAAGGAGAUGGGCUUGUUAUUACAAACCUGACAUCAAAUCAUCCUCCUAAAGAAAGUGUUCCACAUUGUAGAGAAGAAAAUUUGAAGUCUUCACCGUCUACCCCAAGAACACCAAAUCAAGAAUACUCUGUUGUUGAAAUGAAUUCACCACAAUUCACUCCAAGAUCAGCUAAAGACACUCCAGUCGAUGCUUCCACGUCAUACACACCAAGAAGAAUGGAUCGGAAAAACGAUGAAGAGAACACAUUGUCAAAAGACGAGAACUCGUAUUCUGAUGUUGAUGACUACUUAGUAAAAGAAGAAAAAGACGUGAAACCAAGUGAAAACCAAGUUCCUCCAAUCCAACCAAAAACACCCCGAUACAGCGUACGCAAAAUUGAAAGAGAGAAAUUAUCAAUGGACCUUUCAAAUAUUAAAUGUAGUGACAGUUCUGAAUAUAUUGGUAAAGUUGUGUUGCAAAACAAAGGUGUAAGCGAGCGCGAGAAACACAAACCAGAGAUCAAAAUUGUCAUCACACAAAAGACAAGACAAGUUAAUGCCCCACAAAUCAUCGAGACAUACAAGCGAAAUAUCCACGACGAUAUAGAUAACGCAUCGAAAUAA